ACAAACUGUUGCAUAGGGAUUUAUUUAUUUACAUUUUUUUGUUUCAUUUUUCAUUUUUUAUUUUAUAUCAUUUCAAUCAAUAAUUACUAUUGAUUUUUCUUCAUUUUCCGCCCAUUUUCAUUAAAUUCUACCUUUUAGUAUUGAAAAUCAGUUCCAAUGAGAAUAUGGCUGUCAACGCUACACUGAAGAAGAGUCUUGAAAUCUUAGAUACUAGGUUUUCAGGUCUACCUGGAGCAAGUGAACCUGAUCUGUUGUUCCUUAAAGGUGUUUUACAGUCUCCAGUGAUUGACUCUCUCUGCAAAGUAACAGAAAAACUUGAAUCUUCAAGCUCAAUUGAACCUGUAUUACACGGUGAAGCCAUGGACAUCUUAAAUAGUGUGACCGAAAUGUGCAACAGAUUACUCAGUAAUCCUUCAACUAAUCAAAGUGUGCGUAGAAUAACAGCUGAGUUGAACAAUAUUCUUUGCAAACCACACUUUGUCGCUGUAGUGGAAGCUCACGAUCAAGUAGCUGCUAAAAAUUACGAUGAACCUGGUUUCCAAAAAGCUAUGCCCGAAGAUGAAGAUGAAGAUGAUGAUUGUGGUGAGGAAGAGAUGACAUCUGAUGCCAUUCAUAAUGUUGGUAUAAUUCGUAAAGGUGAUGAACCUCUUGGCAUGACUGUACAACUUGACGAGGGUCGAGUCGUUGUUGCUCGUAUUCUGCGUGGUGGUCUUAUUGAUCUUCAAGGAAUCCUCCGUGUGGGAGAUAUAAUUUUGGAAGUAAAUGGUCGAGAAAUCUCUUCUCCGCACGAAUUGAUGGAAGAGCUACGUCUCUGUAAAGGAAGUAUUCGUCUCAAAGUAAUUCCAUCUUUCCAUGAAAGAAUCAUCUCUGCUCCAUGUUAUAUGAGAGCUUUAUUUAAUUAUGAUCCUUCCGAAGAUACUUUGAUUCCAUGUAAGGAAAUAGGUAUCAGUUUUGUUCAAGGAGAUGUUUUGGAAGUAUUGAACCAAGAAGAUCCAAACUGGUGGCAAGCCAGAAGAACUGACAUAGAAGACGCGCCCAUUGGAUUGAUCCCUUCACAGGAUUUAGAAGAGAAAAGGAAAGCAUUCGUGAGACCAGAAUACGAUUAUGCAACCAAAACGUCAAUUUGCGGAACCAAAGUUACUAAGAAAAAGAAGAAAGAAAUGUACCAAAUUGAUGCUAAUAAUUAUUUCGAUAAAGCUGAAUUAACCCUUUAUGAAGAAGUUUGUCGUAUACCUCCAUUUGAAAGAAAAACCUUAGUUUUAGUUGGUGCUCAAGGAGUUGGCAGAAGAACAUUGAAACAGCGUUUAAUUUCUUAUGACUCUGAUCGCUUUUCUGCUCCACUGCCUCAUACUUCUCGUCCAAUCCGGGAAAAUGAGCAAGAUGGUAAAGUUUACCAUUUUGUUAAACGAGAAAUAAUGGAAGCUGAUAUUAGUGAACACAAAUAUCUUGAGUGGGGACAAUUUGAUGGCCAUCUGUAUGGAACAAAGUUAGAUUCUAUUCGUGCCAUUAUUAGAUCGGGUAAAAUGUGUAUCCUUGAUUGUAAUCCUCAGUGUCUGAAAGUUCUAAAAACUGCUGAAUUUAUGCCAUUCGUUGUUUUCAUCGCUGCUCCACCAAUUGAUCAGCUUCGAUAUAUGCAUGAAUGGGGACGUAGUCAUUCAUCAGCCAACAGGACAAUGACUCUCGACCGUGCCUUAGGACGACAUCAUUCGCGCCGUGCUCGAACCUUGCAAAGCUUGGCAUCUUUUUGUGAGGAUGAAGACCUCCAAGUGACGAUUUCUGAAAGCGCAAAACUCAAUCGAACCUAUGAAAAGUAUUUUGACAUGAUUUUGGUUAAUAACAACUUUGACAAAACUUUUGAAGAUUUGAAGGAGGCUCUUAAUGCUUUAAGUACUGAACCUCAAUGGGUGCCAAUUAAUUGGGUUUUUAGCGAAUAGAGCAAGCAAAAAAAGAUAAACAGAUAAGAAAAUGACGAAAAAUCAAAAGAUGUCUUGCAAAAAAAACAAUCAACUUGAACAAAAAAGGAGCUAAAACUACCAAUCAAUAAGAAGAGACUAGUUUUAAUUGUGUUAAGUGGCUUGAAGCUAUUUUCAAGUGUCUAUUUGUUAUUACCGCCAAUCAGCAGCUUAGAGCAAAUAAUUGAAGAUAAUAAGUUAAGUUGAAAAGAAUCUCAAAUUGUGUUGAUUCAUAUCAUUUUUACUUUCUCAAUAUCAUUCGCAUUUAAAAAUUUACAUUGCAACACAUUGAAUUACACAUUCCAUCCAUGAUAAUUAACAUGGUGUUAUCAUGUUAAAAUCCGUCCUAUUGACUUAUACAACUUUCACCAUUGCUUUUCAAAGUGAAUUCCAAUAAUAACACUUGCCUGAUUUACUAUUAAUAACUAUUUUCCACAGCUAUCAAAGUGCAUUUAUAUUACCUGGUACCUUUCAAAUCUAGGUAUUCUCUAAUUGCUUAACGCAUUUCCAAACAAACUACACAAUCAAAUCUUUUUUUGUCAUUUUACUCAAUUUCUCAAUAAACAAAUGCAAUCUCAAUCUGAA